AUGUCGACUUCUCGGGGUAUCACAGCUGCCCUGCGGAGGGCUCGAGUGCCUAGAUAUCGUUGUUCACCAAGACCGUCGUCGUCGAUUGUGUCGAUCGCGGUCGCGAACUCGCGCCCUUUCAGCGUCACGGCCGCCACGCCCGCUGACGCCUCCAAGAAAAUCCAACUGACCGCCGCCGCGUAUCCUCAAAUCAAGCGAGAUCCUACAUUUGCGCAGGUGACGGAGGAGCAUGUCAAGCACUUCAAAGAACUGCUCGGCUCCGAAUCGGCAAUUAUCGAUGGCGUUACCACCGAUGCCACGGACGACCUCGCGCCUUUCAACGGCGACUGGAUGCGCAAAUACGGCGGACAGACUCGACUCGUGCUGAAGCCCGGGACUACGGAAGAAGUGAGCAAGAUAUUAAAGUACUGCAAUGAGAACAAACUGGCCGUUGUGCCGCAGGGUGGAAACACGGGCUUGGUCGGAGGCUCUGUGCCUGUGUUUGAUGAGAUCGUGAUCAACACAGCUCGCAUGAACCAGAUCCGCUCGUUUGAUGACGAGUCCGGUGUCCUUGUUGCCGAUGCAGGUGUCAUUCUGGAGGUUGCUGAUUCGUAUCUCGCCGAGCGAGGCCAUCUCUUCCCAUUGGACCUCGGAGCCAAGGGAUCGUGCCAUAUCGGUGGAAACGUCGCGACCAACGCUGGAGGUCUCCGUCUCCUUCGCUAUGGCAGUCUUCACGGUACUGUGCUGGGACUGGAAGCCGUCCUACCAGAUGGAACUAUCGUAGACAGCCUGUCGAAGCUGCGCAAGAACAAUACUGGCUAUGACUUCAAGCAGCUGUUGAUUGGUGCCGAGGGUACUAUUGGUAUCAUCACUGGUGUCUCUAUUAUUUGCCCGCCUCGCCCAAAAGCCGUCAAUGUUGCGUACUUUGGCUUGGAUAGCUUCGAACAGGUCCGCAAAGCCUUCCGUGAAGCCAAGGGCCAGCUCUCGGAAAUCCUCUCUGCCUUUGAAUUGAUGGACGGUCGCAGCCAGGCGUUGGUGCGUCAAUCCACUGGCAACAAACAGCCUCUUGAAGGGGAGCACCCUUUCUACUGCCUCAUCGAAACCAGCGGAUCCAAUGCCGAGCAUGACAUCGCCAAGCUGGAAACCUUCCUCGAGCACGUCCUGGGCGAAGGCAUUGUUGCAGACGGCGUCCUUGCCCAAGACGAAACACAAGUGCAGUCGCUCUGGCGGUGGCGUGAAGGCAUCACCGAAGCCCUCAGCCAUCUCGGCGGAACCUACAAAUACGACGUUUCUAUCCCCCUGCCUGAGCUCUACCAGCUUGUCGACGACUGCAAAGCCCGUCUGACUGAGAAAGGGCUCGUGGGCGACGACGACUCAUUCCCCGUCCGUGCUGUUGUUGGAUACGGUCAUAUGGGAGACUCGAAUCUGCAUUUGAACGUUUCGGUCCGACAAUACACCAAGGAGGUCGAAAAGGCCAUUGAGCCGUGGGUAUACGAAUGGAUCGCAAAGCGCAAUGGCAGCAUCAGUGCCGAGCACGGACUCGGAGUUGCCAAGAAGGAGUUUAUCGGCUACAGCCAGAACGAGACCAAUAUCAAGCUGAUGAAGCAGCUGAAGAAUCUUUAUGACCCGGUAAGUCUCCAUUCUCACUACUACUACUAUACUAUGCAUGGUAUUUCGGAUGCUAAUGAUGCUGCCUACAAAAUGUCUCAUACAGCUCUGAUCACCGGGGCUACCGGCCUUCUGGGGCGCGAAGUCACAAAGGCAUUCAAGCAGGCCGGCUGGUUGACUGUCGGCCAGGGCUUCAACCGCGCCAAACCGCCCACCGUUCUCAAGAUCAAUUUGGAGGAUCCGCAGGAGAUCAAGAGGCUGUUGGACGAGUCCAAGCCGCAGGUUGUUGUACACUGUGCCGCAAACCGCCAGCCUGAUGCCUGUGAAAACAAUCCGGAACAAGCCCGCCGAAUCAAUGUUGAGGCAACACGAUACCUGGCAGAACUCACCUCGUCUCGCGACAUCCUGCUCAUCUACAUCUCAACAGACUACGUAUUCCCCGGUGUCGAGGGUGAAGCACCCUAUGAAACCGAUGCUGAGCCAAAACCCACGAAUAUCUACGGACAGAUGAAGCGUGAUGGCGAGGUGGCCGUGCUAGACGUCACCAAGACGAGCGGCCUCGGCGUCGUGCUCCGAGUGCCUGUUCUAUACGGGCCAAGCGAGACAAACGGUGAAAGCGCAGUGAACACGAUCCUCGACGCGGUCGAAAAGACCAAGAAUGCCGACGCAGGUCUCAAGAUGGACGAUUGGGCCCAGCGGUUUCCGACAAACACGCAAGACGUGGGUCGAGUGUGCAACGAUAUCGCGGUGCGGUAUAUCAAGGAUAAGAAGAAUCUUCAGUCGCUGCCCAAGAUCCUUCACUUUUCUGCCGAGGAGAGAAUGACCAAGUAUGAAAUCGCGCAGCGAUUCGCAAAGAUCCUGGGCGUGGAGAUACCGGGGAUGAUUGCGAACAAACAGGGGAACGACCCGAACGCCGCCGUCCAGAGGCCGUACAACACACAGCUAUCGACAAAGGUGCUGAAAGAAACCGGCAUUAACGUGAAGGCAGUGCGGUUUGACGACUGG